CCUCGAAAAUAACGGGUUUUGAACUUGUAAACUUAAAACAAGCCGUAAGUUUCACGCGCCAACACUUCCUGAGUUCCUUCUUCUCUUCAUCUUCCUCCUCAGGGUGCCAGGUGCUUGUUUCUGUAUCACGACACGUCAUCCAAACGGUAUUCGAAGUUUCUCUCUCCUCCAUUACAGAAUCAGUACAGAGGAAGAAAGCCACCCAACAAUUCCCUUACUUUCUCGCCGUUUUCUCUCAACUAUAAAAUAAGAUAUUCGUUUUCCCGUUAGUUAGCUCAUCUUUUUGCUGGAAUAAAAAGCAGCAAUUACAGAGAGAAAGAAAGAAAGGAAGGAAGAAAGUGUAGGAGAGAGAAAAGAUGGUUUCGAGCUCGAAUAAUAGUAAUAAUACAACUAACUAUGAUCUAUCAUUCAAGGUGUUGUUAAUCGGUGAUUCUGGAGUUGGCAAGAGUAGUUUGCUUGUUAGCUUCAUUUCUAACGCCGUUAAUCAUGAUGAUCUUUCUCCUACUAUUGGGGUUGAUUUUAAGAUCAAGACGUUCACUGUUGGUGGGAAGAGGUUAAAACUUACAAUAUGGGAUACUGCUGGACAGGAGAGGUUCAGAACACUAACAAGUUCGUACUACAGAGGUGCCCAAGGGAUAAUUCUUGUGUAUGAUGUCACAAGAAGAGAAACUUUUACCAACUUGUCUGAUGUUUGGGCUAAAGAGGUUGAGCUUUACUCUACCAAUCAAGAUUGUGUCAAGAUGCUUGUGGGAAAUAAAGUUGAUAAGGAUUCUGAAAGAGCUGUGACUAGGGAAGAAGGGGUGGCUCUUGCACAACAGUUGGGUAGUUUAUUUCUUGAAUGCAGCGCCAAAACUCGAGAAAACGUGGAACAGUGCUUUGAAGAGCUUGCUUUGAAGACUAUGGAAGUUCCGAGUCUCUUGGAAGAAGGGUCUACUGUGGGAAAAAGGAAUAUCUUGAAACAGAAACAAGAUCAAAGGGCGUCUCCUCAAGGUGGUUGUUGUGCUUGAUCAGUUGCAACUUCAUUAUUGGCGGAAUGUUGCGGUCAAAUUAUGUACAUGAUAAUUCAUUUUUCACUUUUCACUUUUCUGCUGUUCUGGUUUGGUUUUUACUCGGCUUCUUUAGUUGUGUAUCGUGAUUUAUAGCAGUUAAAUAACAAUGGUUACAAGUUUGUGUAUAUACCAACGAAGGUUUUUACGUAUCCUUGGUAAUUCAAGGGUUAUAUGAUGGUCAUUCGGUCCAUGUAUGAUUGAUCCUCAUAUGAAAGGAACGCACCAAACAUGCUAAAUAUGAAUAUGUUUAUGAUAAAUAUGUUAGGGUAAAUACUUAUUUUGUCCUAA